AUGGCAUCCAAGUCGAGCCCGCCCAAGAGCAUGGCGAGCGACAACCAGCUCGACGAAGCGAGCGCCGUCCAUAGCGCGAUCAGCGCCGUCGAGAUUGAAGACUCACACCACGAUAUCCAGCCGAUGGUCGCGAACGAGCAGACGCUGCGCAAGGAGCGCAAGCGCUGCAAGAGCCUCGAGCUCGUCUACAGCGACGACGAAGCGUCCACCGCCACGUCGACCGUCUCGCUCGUCACGACGCCGCUUAGCAGCACGAAGAAGGGCACCUGUGUUGUCCAGACGCGCUGCACGAGCUACGAAAAGCUGUGCCUCUGCGAAGUCAAGCAACACCGGUCGGCGUCGUCGUGCUGGCUCGUCGCCAACGGCAUCGUGUACGACGUGACCGACUGCAUCCUCCGCAAGUCGGGCGGCGUCGACUGCGCGCAGGACAUGAAGUUUCACUCGAAAGCGGCCCAAAACUGCUGGUCGAAAUGCAAAAUUGGCAUGUUGCAGCCGUGUGGCGACGUGCCCGAAGCCAACGACUCUGCCUGCGCCAUUAUGUAA